AUGGAGAUCGCCGCCGCGUCCGCGGGGAUCGCCGCGGUCGGGAUGUGGUACAGCCGCCGCGGCGGAACCCGCACCGCGACCGUGAGCGACUUCACCGAGCCUCCGAAGACGUGGGCGGAGUCCGUCGUCCGGCUGCACGAGGUCGUGCGCAUCUCGUGGCGAGAGGCGCUCUCGAAGCUCGGCGUGUGGAGGCUCGACCACCUCCUCGCGAUUCGGCACCUGAGCGGCAAGGACGUCUCCGCGGCGAUCGCGCGGAACGUGCGCGCGCACGGACGCCUCGUCGAGGGCGAGGAGUGGCGACGCAAGCUCGAGAGCAUCUCGCGCGCGAUGCGGUACAACAGGCACCUCCGCGGCGUCUCCUCGGAAGCGCACAUCGUCGCGAAGCUCGACGCGGCCAAUUCCGACGUCCUGCUCUCGCAGCUCAAGCCGAGGAUCAUGCAGCCCGCGUACGUUUUAUUCCGCGACGCGCCCACGCGCCAGCUGUACUUCGUCAUACGAGGCACGCACAGCGUGAAGGACCACGUCACGUCGCUCACGGGGCACUCGCGGCCGCAUCACGCCAUCGGCGCCGACGGCGACCCCGUGCUGGGACGCGCGCACUCGGGGUUCCUCGCCACCGCGCGGUGGCUCAGCAAAGAAGUCGGCGACGACCUCGCGCGCGUGAUGCGCGAGAACCCGGGGUACGAGCUCACGAUCGUCGGGCACAGUCUGGGCGCGGGGACCGCGGUGCUGCUGACGCAAAUCUUACGCGAACGAGACGGCGGCGACCCGUCGCGGAACCCGUUCGCGAGCGUAGACUGCUACGCAUUCGCGUGCCCGUCGUGCGUGUCCAGGGAGCUCUCCAUCGCGUGCAAGCCGUUCAUCACGACGCUCGCGAACAAUGCGGACAUCGUCCCGUACGUGAGCUUCAGCAAAGUCAGCGAACUUCAGGCGCAGAUCGUGUCCGCGGCGUGGGAGCAGCAGGUUUUGAAAAAGUGGAAAGAGACGACGAAGAACCUCGGCGCCGCGUGCGCGACGAACCCGUGCGGCGCGCCGAGGCCGGGGAAGGAGCAUCAGACGCUGCCGGGACGCAGAGGCGGCGGAAACGGCGGGUGGGGGGUGCUGAACUGCGGCGGGGCGAGAGGGAACCGCGGGGCGCUGACCUUCGGGGGCGGACCCGCGGCGGCGGCGGGCCCGGGGCUCGACGACGCGUCGCUCGCCGCGUCGCUGUCGCAGCAGACGACGAUGGACGUCGACCGCGCGCACCUCCCCGGGGCGGUCGCGCGGGGCGGCCCGCGUCGGUGGCUCGGCGCGCAGCUGCGGGGCAUACGGAGGAUCGUGCAGAAGGACAAGAUGCUCGCCAUGAGCGGCGCGCUCAUCGCCGGGUGCGUCGCGCCGAGGAAACGCGGCGCCCCGGAGCCUCCGAGCGGCGGCGGCGGCGGCGACGACGUCCCGACCACCGGCGGUAACGGUACCUCAUCUUCUUCUACUACUACCACCACUUCUGCUUCUUCCGCGGUGGCGUCGCCGCCCGGGGUGUCGAGAACGUGGGCGACGACGCCGACGGCGUCGACGGCAGCGGCGGCGGCGGCCGCCGCCGCCGCCGCCGCGGGCGACCGCGCUGGGCGCGGCGGAGGGCGAGGCGGAGGCGCGCCCGUCGNCGAGGCGCCGCCCGCCGCCUCCGGGACGGUGCCGAGCUCGCAGUGGGCGAUCGACGACGGCGACCUCGUGGAGAUGGAUCUCGACGACGCGACGCUCGCGAUGGCGCAAGGCGAGACCGCGCAGGAAGUGUUGAAGCUCCAAGAGGAGCUCAGCGUGAUUCGAGCCGCGACCGAAUCCGCGGGGCACCGCCGCCGACGCGCCGGGUCGUCGUUCGGCGGCAUCGCGGACGGCGUCGACUUUUCGUCCUCGGCGGACGACGCGCCGCGCGCGGGCGGGGAGACGACCGCGCCGACGGCGGUGGCGAUGGACACGUCCUCCGGGUCGGGAGGCGCCGACGAGUUCGACGACGACGACGACGAGACGGCGUCGCGCGCGCCGCUGCCGGACCCGGCGCGUAAAAAACUCUCCGCCGCGGCGCUCCUCGGCCCCGGCGCGCCCGCGGAGCUCGUCUCCGAGGCGAUCUCGUUCGAGGUGGGCGACGCGAUCGCCGGCGGCGGCGCGGGCGCGGGCGUCUCCGAGGACGAGGACGCGGUGAGCGUCGGUUUGGACGAAAUCGCGCGGCGGAUCGCGACGGGGAAGGGCGGGAGUAAUUUCAACGCGCCGUCCUCGCCGGAUCGCGGGGUCACCGCGCGGGCUGGCGCGCGCGGUGGGAAGGACCCCAGGGACGCCGCGAAGGAGCGCGAGGACGACCGCGCGUUCAAGACGAAGCUGUACCCCGCGGGCACGAUCCUUCACAUGGUCCUCGCGGAUCCUCCGAGAGACGACGACGACGCCGCCGCCGCCGCUGCCGCCGGCGACGUCGAGGACGCGGUCCCGCCGCCGUCUCCGGGGGGCUCGCGCGCGCCGGAGCCGGAGCCGGCGAUCACGACGCGCGCGGCGAAGUAUAAGAUGUACGCGGACGUCGACGUCGCCGCGUACGAUCGCAUCACGCUGUCGAAGACGAUGUUGAGCGAUCACUUUCUUCCAAAGUAUCUGGACGCGCUCGACGACGUCAUCGAGCACCUGGGGCGAGGCGACGGCGGCGAGGGGAGGACGCGAGAGGCGCGAUCGAGUUGAGCGGUAGUCAGUGCAGUGCGUCGUUAGGACCGUGUACGCGUUGAAAUUGAAAGUGUUGUCGGGGGAUGC